UACAGGGCACUCUGUACUGAAGAUUGUACUGCAGAGAUUUUAGUAUUAGAGGACUUGACAUCUCAGAUUAUAAAUAUGAAUGAUGAAUUAGGUACAAGUAUAUGUUACUUGCUCUGGGACAUAUUCAACGACCCACAACUACUGGCCUUAUCUCCUAGCACAAGCCACCCCACAGCUGUCCAGUUCUCCUGCUUCGUGCUGUCCAUAUUGACGUGCAUCAUCGGAUAUGUCGGCAAUAUUAUUGUCAUCUUUGUCACUGCAUUCUUAAGGAAGAAGAACAAAUCUCACGUCUGGUUCCUGAACUUGGCUGUAGCAGAUUUCAUCUUUCUUCUGCUUCUACCAUUUCAUGCUGUGUCCAUAUUAUUGGCAAGAUGGCCAUAUGGAUCCACUAUGUGCAAAGUCUACAAUUUCUAUACAUUUGUUAAUAUGUAUGCCAGCAUUUACAUCCUCACAGCAUUAAAUAUUGACCGUGCCUUGGCUGUAGCUAAACCAAUAUGGCAUCUAAAGUUCAUUUCCCGGAAAUUUGGUUAUAGUGUUUGUACACUUAUCUGGUUGUCAUCGACCAUCUGUAGCAUUCCGGCCAUCAUAUACAGUGAUAUACAUUACUUUGGUGAAGUGCCUCAGUGCUUUCUGUUUUCUGAUGAUCUUACUGUCAUAGCGUAUUCACGUACUGAUAAAAAUAUGAGUGAAGCGUGGAGGAGUUUUCCACGUAACAUAUGUGAUGGAAGCUGGGAAGAAUUGGGACAUGCCACAGAGUGGUCAAACGUUCUGUCUACAACAACGGCUCUUGUAAUUCCACUUGCAGUGAUAGGUUGCUUUAUUCCUCUCUGUGUUAUCCUGACCUCCAAUAUUGUCAUUGCUCUUCAUGUGAAGAAUUCCCAGAAGACAGAAUCAUCUAGACUGUACAGAGUGGUGAUUGCAGCAAUGCUGGCCUUCUUCUGUACCAGGGUUCCAUUAGUGUUAGCCCAGAUUAUUAUCUUGGUGGCUGCUUAUACUUUGGAGCUCUCUCUAAUGUUUACAGUUAUUUCAGUUUUACCUCUGUUAUCCAGCAUAGCCGCUACUAACACUUUCUUGAAUCCCAUAGUUUAUGUGCUGGUGGGAAAACAAGUAAAGAAUGAAAUUUCUCAGUUUUUCAAGAAAGUAUAGCAUGUCAUGUUUAGGCUUUCAGGAUACUAUUUAUCUGAUGGUGAUUUUAGGGAGGGGGGGGGGAGUUUUUUCCCAUGUACAUUAUUCAAAAACCCUUCAUUCAACUCCUUGACGAUGGGUUCAAUAUAGAAUGUUUUUUUUUUUUGCUAUAAAAUAACUGUGAAUAUUAUCAAUACAUAUUGGAGCAGAGAGGAAAGAGGCAGGUGUGCCAGUUCCUUACUCUAUUGCACAAAAUGAAUGUAUAAAAUAUAUCGCUUUGUUCAACACAAUCACAAUAGAUUUUUACUGCAGGAAGGCCAUAAGAAAUGUUCUUUUGCCUUAUUAAAUGGAGAAUUAUCAGCCAAACAGGGUAAUAUCUCCCUGUGUAAUGUGGCCAGUGAUCAGCUGAUGAAUAAGCAAAUGAUCGUCUGUCGGCUGAUCAUUUAGUCUUGCCCUGCUUAAAAAUUGGUGUUUGUUGGCCGUACAUCUCCUUAUGUAAUAGGGGACGUACACCUAACACACAGAUCAAGUGUUUUUUAUUUUUUUAUUUGUGAGGCCCUUGACGCAUGUUGUAAUAGGCCAUAGAAACAAGUGCUGAUAUGUAAUUUCUGGCUCUAGCAGCUCCUAGCCCACUUUUGUAGACUUAUGAGUGGCCACUACAUUAUUUAAAACUAUUUUCUGGGGGGCCCACAUACUACAGAAACUAUGUACUGGGGCUUUCUACCUAGGGACUACCAACUACCUAUUGGGGGCAUAUAUAUGAGUAAAAACUUACUGGGUACCGAUAUAAUGAGGAAUACCUCCCCAGGCACCUACCUAGUGUGAGAAACUAUGUAAUGGGGCAACCUGUUUACUAACUGAAGUGCUCUACCUACCCCAUUCCCCCCAAGCCCACUUACGUGCCCAAUUUACAGCACUGACACAUUGGGGGGGGGGGGGGGGGCGUUGGGGAGGGUAUUAUUACUGUUUGGAGUAUUAUUGAUGGGGGAAAGGUAA